GCUCCGAUUCACACUCACGCUCGGGCUGGCUGUGCCCAGAGGGAAGGUGAGAGGUGCAGAGCGGCGGAGGGUGCUGGGUGCACCGGCUCUGAAGUGAGCCCUCUCGGACCGAGGAGCUGCCCAGCCUGGGCACAGGACUCUGUGCCACCCCGCCCUGCCUUUGACUGGCAGCCUCAAUUUGCAGCGAUCCUGGAGCUCAUCCUCCCUGGUUUACGCGGGCCGUCUCUGUGGGGUGUGCAGGCCUGGCCGGCCAGGCAGCCAUGGCUGAUGAGAAGACCUUCCGCAUCGGCUUCAUCGUGUUGGGGCUCUUCCUGCUGUCCCUCGGCACGUUCCUCAUGAGCCACGAUCGGCCCCAGGUCUACGGCACCUUCUAUGCCAUGGGCAGCGUCAUGGUGAUUGGGGGCGUCAUUUGGAGCCUGUGCCAGUGCUACCCCAAGGUCGCUUUUGUGCCCGCUGACUCUGACUUCCAAGGCAUCCUGUCCCCAAAGGCCCUGCUGGAGAAUGGGCUCGCCACAGAAAUGAAGAGCCCCCAGCCCCCCUAUGCCAGGCUGUGGGAGGAGGCCGCCUAUGACCAGAGCCUGCCCGACUUCAGCCAUAGCCACGCAAAGGCCACAGGCUACGGGGGCGACUCCCACCCUCUGCUGGCCCCCGAGCUGGAGCUGAGGACCAGGGACGGUGGAGCAGGUGGCCCUUGUGAAGCUCAGGCCCGGGUGGAAGCACCUGUGGUCGUCCACAGAGGCUUGGACGAGAGUGAGGGAAAGAAGACCCCGACUCGGAGCAGCCCCAGCCCUCCGGGCUAUCCCCAGGGCCGUGCACCCUUGGCUUCCUUCCAAGAUGACCUAGACAUGGGCUUGAGUGACGGCAGCAGCCCCAACCCAUCUCUGCCUGACAGAGAGGCGCCCCAGCCCCCACAGCAGGAGCCCAAGGCCUGCAGGAGCCCAUUGGACCACUUCCAGGACUUUGCCCUGAUCGAUGACACCCCCACACUGGAGGAUGCACCCCGAGAGGGGCAGAGGCAAGAGGUAGUCCUGCUCAGUAGAUGGCAGCGGCACCCGAGGAGGAAGGACGACGAGACCUCGGACACAGGCGUGGAGGAGCCUGAGGAGGAAGAGGAGGACUUGUAUUAUGGGCUGCCCGACACCCCUGGUGACCCCCUUCCGGACAAGGAACUAGGCUUUGAGCCUGAUGCCCAGGGCUAGAAUGGAACUGCUUCCUAGUUCCCGGCUGGGACCACUGCUAACCCCCUUUGAACUCACCGGGUCUCAGUUUCUGCAAAAGGGGACUAUGUGGAGGGUUAAAGGAGGUGGAGGGGGGUGCUGAGGGUAUCACAGGGGCUGUGAGGGAACCUCGGGGAGGGUUGUUUGCUAUCUGGACCAUCGCUCCUUUUCUCUGACAAACCUUUGAAGGCAAAAUGUGAUGUGUUGAAUAUUUACAGCAGCCAGGUCCUCAAAAGCCUUUUCCACCCGCUAAAGCUGGCCUUAUAUUGCUCUCUGUGCCCAGAUCCUCCACGUCAGCUCCUGGCGCCCGCUCCAUGGAGUGGUCCAUUUCACCAGGGCUGCCUGGGUCCCUCCUGGCCCAGGGCUCCUGCUGCUUCUGUGCUGGGAUCCACGACCUUGUGUGGCUGGCCCUGCCGACCUCCGACCUCCGGCCCCAUCCUACAGCCCAGGCCUUUGCCUGAGUUUGUGUCCCCCAGGCUAGCCUUGGCUCCUCCGCAGAGGGGAUCUGCCCUCCCCCGCGUGCUGCUCCUGAUGUCACAACUCUUGCAGGGAGCUGGUGCCUGCUCCUCUGGGUCCCUCUGAGCUGGACAUUCCCUCUGUGGCCCCCUGCCUGCCUCCUGCUCUGGGUGGCAUCCUGGCUUUCUCAUGCAGUCUCAGGGCAGGCAACAACCUCAGACAAUGCCAGCACACCUGCCAAGUGCGCUGACCCUGGCACGGGUGAGGUGACAUCAAGCUAAGGGCUUAAUUCCAUUUGUAUCAGGGCAUCACUGAGUGUCUGCUGUAUGUCAGGUGCUCAGCUGGGACCCUGGGGGAAAGAGACGGGAGCCCCGGAGAUGGUUCUCGACAUCAGUGCACUCACACUCUAGCGCGCUGCUUCCUUGCACGUUAGAGAGCCUGGAGCCGAGGCGCAGCGGGAGCAGAGAUUAAGAAACUGACAUCCAGGGGAGCAGAGCGACAGGGCCAGCGAAGGCAGCGGCAGAACCUUGGCGCCUGCAGGAGCAGCUGUUGCUGCUGACCUCUGCAGAGCCCCAGGCCCACCCCAAGCACAGGCGCGCACUCAGAGGAGGGAGCCCGGUGCUACCUCAGGCCAGGUGCACAUGCUCCGAGCUUUGCCUUGGGCCACCUGGGAGUGAGGGAUGUCGCCUGGGCAGGGCCUGGGUAGAGGUUGGGGUUCUGGGCUCAGGGAAGAAGAUACUUGAGCUCAGUUGGACGGGCGGUGCCCCCAGGAUAUACUCUUCUCUCUGGGCCUUUCUACCUCUGCUGUGACGGGAACGACAGGCACGUCUGUCUGCACUGUGACGCGGAAGCAGGUCCCUGCUCAUACCUGGGUGGUGCCCAGGUGAGGUAUAGAUGCUCCUCGCUCUGCUGGUCAAGGCAGGGACACCUGUGACCCACAUCAGAGGGGCCACCAACAUCAUAACUAAAAUAAAAACAUCUUCAACACUGAAA